AUGUUGAAUGCCAAGAUUCCAACGUUGAUGUUCUGCAAUUCAAACAUUGUAUUAUUAAUGCUCCAAAUUCUCCGUAGUGAUGCCUUCCUCUCAGUAGAUCGACAGGAUACCAAGAUUUCAAACGAAAUUCACCGAUACAAACUAAUGGAAAAGCCGAUUACUCAAAAGGAAUAUAUACAAGAAGGUGAAAAAUCUGCGUCAGGAAAUGAUUUUCUCGUCCUAUUUAUGACUGCAGAAAAUUGCAAUAUCAAACUUCCGAAACAGUCCGGAAUCGUAGAUGGGAAAGUUUUUAUGACUAUUUUGGACCAUUUGCUGGAAGAGCGUGCAGUGUACCGCAUUGGCAAAAAACGAGCAAACACAGUCAUAUUAGCAAGACCAUUUGAAGAUAUUACGGAGGCGAAUGAAUGUGAUAGCCAAUCACAUAAAUUUGAUCCUAUGUCUACAGUACGAAAUAAAGGAAUAACUCUCGAAGAAUGGGAGUCAAAAACGCAAUUAACAGAACUACAAAAACAAAGUGUACUAGAAAUACAAGAUGCUUGUCUCGAGUUACCUUUACCAGAAGGAUAUCUAAACGAUAUAGGAGGCGGAACAGGAACCCCGCAACUAAUUUCACCCUCCCCCGGUUUAAAAGAAAAUUACCGCACCUCUUCACCAUAUCCACGACUCACUCCUUCACCACUACCAAGAUCACGGUCUACUACAAACCUGCUUGCCGAAUUAGCAGCAGAAACGGCAGUAGCUUCAUCAACUGACGCGUCUUCGCUUGGAAUUCCACAACCUAUUGAGACAACUCAACAGUUUUUUGAUUGGUUUGCUAAAAUGGAAACUGACAUGGAGAAAGAUCAAGAGGAUGUUUAUAGAAACUUCCUGGCUAUUAUUACCGUAUAUCGUCAAGCGUGUGAUAACUUUCUAAGUCAGAUUGACUCUACUGUCAAGCUUUUUCAUGAUCUCGAUGGAAAUUUUCGAUUUGUAGAAGAACGUACAAAGGCAUUGCAAACUGCAUGUGAGAAACUUUUGGAAGAGCAAAAUCAUCUGGAAGCGUUAGCGGAUGCAAUGUCUUCCAAACUCGCAUACUAUAAUGAAUUUGAAGCGAUAAAUAGUCUCUUUAGCUCUCUCGGAGAGAAUAUUUGUGAAAAGAAGGAAUUUCUUCCGACGCUUAACAAGUUGGAUGAAUGCUUAGAAUACAUGCAAGGAAAUCUAAGAUAUCGCGACUCAGAACUAUAUCUAAUGCGUUUUCGACAAUGCAUGACUCGUGGUAUGAACUUGAUAAAGAUGAGUUUUGUUGGGGAUAUUAAAGGGCUCGGGAUAGAGAUUGCCAAAAAGGCCAAUCAGCCUCUAGACCUCGAAUCUCAACAAGAAUUAUCUUAUUCGAAAUUUCGAGCUUUGGCACCUAAACUUAAGCCGCUUUUAAAUGAGAUAGAGAAAAGGUGUCCAGCUUAUGGAGAAUAUUCUUCAUUGCUAAGUGACUGUUACAAUGCAUAUUUUUCGGUACGUCAACAAUUGCUAAUUCCAGCAAUCGUCGCUCAGAUACAAUCAAUGGGUUCUGGUGGUUCGGAUAUCUUGGCUUUUACACGUAAUGGAUACAGUUCUAUGAAAAACCUUUGUUCUGAUGAAUACUCCUUGUUCUAUGAAUUUUUCUCCACAGGUGAAGAUGACUUGUAUGGCAAUUUAGAUUUGCUGUGUAGUUAUCUCUAUGAUGAGCUCCGUCCACUUAUUAUCCAUGAAGCACAUAUCGAUACGUUAUCCGAGUUAUGCAAGAUAUUGCAGGAUCACGCUAUACACGAUAAGCAACUUGCAGAAAAAGGAAAAUCUGGACUACGAUUCAGUUUUUUAAUUCGGAAUGUACUACAAGAUGCUCAACAAAGACUCGUAUUUCGAGCACAAACUUACAUUGAAAGCAAUAUAAAAAAAUUUGUGCCACAACCAAAUGACCUCGAUUAUCCAAACAAACUUAAAGCUUCGUCCGAAAUUGUUGUUGGCGAAGAAACCUCAAAUAUUGAAUCGGAGCAACAUACUCUAACAACCACCGACAUAACAGAUCAAAUGUCUCCACAUCAUCAUUCUUUAACAAAACUGAAACGACAGAGAAUUAUCGCGGAUGUUUCCCCACAUUGCAACGGACUUUGUGGAUUCUUUCAAAACUUUAUUCAUGCAUUAAUGUGCGAUUCUAUAUUUGAUGAUAUUGCGCAAGAAGUUGUUCAAUUGUGUUUAGAAUCUUUAUUGACGGCAAGCGAAAAUAUAACCAAAAAAAACAAAUUAGAUGGUCAGCUCUUUUUGAUAAAGCAUCUUCUAAUAUUGAAAGAACAGAUUGCAACAUUCAAAACUCAGUUUAUUCAUGAAGAAAAAGAUUUGGAUUUUUCCGAGAUCACUGAUGCAAUUAACGAAAUUCUACAAAACAAGUAUUCAAUUCUCAGACCCAAUACUUUGUUCGGGCUGGCACAAAAGGGAAUGCCGAAAGUUGUGGAAAGUAGAGUUGAUUCUAAAUUGGAGGUGGAUAAAAGACUAAAAAGUGUCUGUGAAGAAUUUAUUUUGGAUAACGCCAAGGAAGCCGUUGAACCUUUAUCAUCUUUCUUAUUGAAGGCAAGUUUCAACAAAAAUUCGAAUGAUAUAAGAAUGGUAUCAGCGUUUAGAAUGAGAAAUGAUCUAAAACCUGCGCAUCAGCAAACUCCACUAAAAAAUCAAAGGUUUGCUCAAUUAAUAAACAUUAUUCAAGUAUACGAGGAAUUUCAAAGUUCAGUGAAAUCGCGGCUCCGAUUCAUCACUUCAAAACUAUCUCAAUAUCUUAAUGACGCUAAAACGGAAAAUGUGUUACUUAAACCUAUGCAGAAUCAUAUUAUCGAAUCAUAUCAAGCGUUCUACGAUAUCAUCGAAUUAGAAUUCGAUAUGGACAAAUUACAAAGUUCGCUGAAUUCCGUGGAGAAUGUCAAAAUUUGGGUUGAAGAUUCUGAUUCUUGGCAGGAUGAACGAGAAGAAAAUGAAGAUGUAGUAGGUGAUUUAGCAAUUUCUGCAACCAUAGAUACAUUGGCACGUCCAACCAGUAGGACCGCCGCAUUUUCCACAACAGGGUCUUCUAGGACCGUCCCUGACUUUGUAUUUACAAUGAUAGUUGCAUUCGCCGGGAGACCAUGGACAACCGUGUCCAUUAAUCACAACUUCAACAGCAAACACGAAUUGGACAGAAAUAAGAAUAAAGACAAGAAGGAAAAUUCGUCUCAUGAUGCAAGAUAG